UGCCCGAAUCAUUCAUAAAAAACUACUUGUUACUGUCAAUUAGAAAUAUAAGGUCCUAAGGAUGUUUGUGCUUGCUGAAUUAAAGGACAACGUACGCAUAGCACCGGACCAAUUUCACUUAAAGCUGGUCGACGCCGUUCGCGACGAACUCGACCGAAGACUUGCCAACAAGGUGCUGCUCAAUGUGGGUCUGUGUAUAGCACUGAAAGAAAUUGUCUCACUCAAAGACUCCAUCAUAUUGCCAGGCGAUGGUGCCUCUCAUACGGAGGUACUCUUCCGGUACGUGGUUUUUAGGCCCAUGGUCGGCACUGUUAUGACUGGGAAGAUACGCAGCUGCAGUCGUGAGGGCGUACACGUAACGCUAGGCUUUUUCGAUGACAUCCUAAUACCACACGCGGCGCUGCAGCACCCCUCGCGUUUCGAUGAAGCCGAACAGGCCUGGGUCUGGGAAUAUCCACUGGAGGAUGGUAGCAAGCACGAUCUCUUUAUGGAUAUUGGGGAGCCAAUCAAAUUUCGUGUAUCACGUGAAAUAUUCGAAGAGACAUCACCCACUGGCCCACCCAAGGCCGAGGGCCAGUCGUCGCAGGCCGCAAGUACGUCUGCGGCGGCGGCAGCCGCUUCCGCUGCUGCACAGGAAGUGAAGUCGCCGUACAAGAUUAUUGGUGCUAUAAACGAGGCUGGGCUCGGUGUUCUUUCAUGGUGGGAUCAACAAAACAAGGAAGAUGAUCACGAUGAGGAACUGGGGGAGGACAAUACAGAAUAUGAGAACGAUGAAGAUGGUGAAGGUGCGUGCGAGGAAUGAUACGACGAAAUUAUGUUGAAUGAAAUUAUCACCGUAGUCUGCAGUCCAAAUAUAAGUUUUCAGAUAGUACGGACUAGUAUUUAAGAUAGGAAUUUGUUAAAUAAUUUCUAAUUGUUAAGGCCAUUCGAAAAGGGCUUCUUGAUUAGCUUACUGCCUUAAUAGAACCUUAGAUAGGGUCUAUUUAUAAUCCAAAAUCAUUAAUAGACCUGCAAAAUUAUAUAUUUAAAAGGUAAAACAUUAAUGAGAACACCCGCCAAUGUAAAUUAAAAAACCACAUCCUUCAAA